AUGGAGAGGCGUGAAUUGCUGUUAAAUAUGACUGAAAUAAAAAGCCAGUUUUCUGGUCCUUUGGGUGAGAUAAGGCAAGUUGAGGUAUGCAUGUAUAUUGCAUUAGCCACAGUGUCCGGCCUUUGUGGUUUUGGUUCUUUAAGACGCAGUUCCAAUAAUGAAUUAUUGCGUUACUCAAUAAUGGGAGCUUUUCUCUUUUCUUUCAGCUUGAUCACCUUCACCAUUGGCCAAAUGCUCUCUUCCCCUUAUUAUUAUAACUUGUUUUACCCUUUUUGGGCAACAUUUUUGGUUCUACUAUAUGGGAAUCCUCACAGGAUCUCUACAUAUAGUCUUGAGGACAAUGAUCAAUGGAGAAAGUAUCAAUUCACAUUCAUUAUCCUGAUGUUCGGGGCUGCUUCAGUUAUGGGUACACAAAGAUAUCUUUUUCCAUUUGCUUCAUUCAUGGUGACAUCGAUCAUUAUGGUUUUUGUAUCAUCUGGAAAAGGAGCAGAAAGAGCGGAAGCUCUUGCUUUGGCGAGUAAGGCAGGAUUCAUUCGAGGAACCAAACUUAUUGCAGAUUUCAUGUGCUACGAGCACGAAUUAGGUCAACAACUUGUUGAUCCAAUACAUUUAAGGGGUUACCACUAUCUUGUGGCUUAUGAGGAUAAAGUUCCUUUUCUGCAAUACCCUUCGUAUGCCUCUAAAUUUUCUGGAGCUGUGGAAAACGAAAAUCACACAAUAGAAUCAAGGUUGGAGGAGUAUAAGCUUGCCACUAAAAUAGCCGUGGGAGUUGUCAUUACCUUAGAGAUUCUACAUCUUGUCUUAUUCGUUAUCUCUGACUGGGGGAAAUUGUUGAUUCUGUGCAAAUAUGUUCAGAAACAAUCUUGGAGAGAUAAUAGAUUAUUUGAGCAAUUUAUAAGAGUUUCAUGCGACAUUUCGGGCCAAAAAAAUUGUUGGGGAAGGGAACUCGGACAGUACUCAUUCUUAGAUUCAUUUCACCGAUAUCCUCCAAUGUGGAUCUAUAAUUGGUUCACCGCAAAAUUUCUCUUCCUGGAGAAUCCAGGGAGAGGUUGUGUUGGGAAGACAUUUGUGAAAUUGUCCACAGAAGUUCAAGGAUCAGUUCUUUCUUUAACAAAGAGAAAGGGUCGGCGAUUAACCAAAGGUAUCCAAUCCUUGCGAGAGAAUGGAGUGAGAAACCAUGAGUUGUUUUCAGCGUGCCAAUACGAUACAACUACGCAAGUGAUCAUGGUGUGGCACAUUGCCACGAGCCUUUGUGAGAUUCAUCAUGAAAGAUCAGGAGAUAACACCAACAUCUCAAUCACAUUGUCCAAAUACUGCGCCUACUUGGUUGUGUUCGCUCCACGAUUGUUGCCCGAUCAUUCCUACGUCACAGAAUGUAUAUUUAAGGAAACAGUAAAAGAAGCAGUGGAGGCUCUUAAAGGUUGUUAUAAGUCUACAGAGAGUAAAUACACCAAAAUUAUGGCAGUAGCCGAUACAAAAAUGCCAAUGGAGAACAGAAGCGUAAGAAGAAGACUUACACCAAGCCUAAGAAGAUCAAGCACAAGCAAAAGAAGGAAAGUUGCUCAGUAUGAAGGGUAA